AUGGCUGCCGCCCAUCGUUUGGUUAUUGUCCGCCACGGUGAGAGCGCCUGGAACCAAGAGAACCGCUUCUGCGGCUGGUUCGACGCUGACCUCAGUGAGAAAGGGGUGGAGGAGGCCAAGCGUGGCGCUCUGGCCAUCAAGGAUGCAGGCCUCAAGUUUGACGUGUGCUAUACCUCCGUGCUGAAACGGGCCGUGAAGACCCUGUGGACCAUCAUGGAGGCCACGGACCAGAUGUGGCUGCCCGUGAUUCGUACCUGGCGCCUGAACGAGCGUCACUACGGAGGCCUCACCGGCCUCAACAAGGCCGAGACGGCUGAAAAGCACGGCGAGGAGCAGGUGAAGAUCUGGCGCCGCUCUUUUGACACCCCACCUCCACCCAUGGAAAAGGACCACGCUUACAACAAAGUCAUCAGUGAGUCCCGGCGCUACAAGAAUCUGAAGCCCGGCGAGCUCCCCACAUGCGAGUCACUGAAGGACACGAUCGCCCGCGCCCUGCCUUUCUGGAAUGACGUCAUCGCGCCUGAAAUCAAGUCGGGGAAGAACGUUAUUAUCGCUGCCCACGGCAACAGCCUCCGUGGCAUCGUCAAGCACUUGGAGGGUAUGUCCGAUGCAGCCAUCAUGGAGCUGAACCUGCCCACGGGAAUCCCAAUUGUGUACGAGCUGGACGCAAACCUGAAGCCUAUCAAGCCCAUGGCUUUCCUCGGCGAUGAGGAAACCGUAAAGAAGGCCAUGGAGGCUGUGGCCGCCCAGGGCAAAGCCAAGAAGUAA